AUGGGGGUCCAUAAUGAGCCCGACGCAUCAGAGGAUACAAAGAAAAAACACCGGGCCCGUCAGAGUGGGCCAAAGGCGGACAAAAAAGCAUCAAAAUCAGAGACGAAAGAACAACAACAACAGAACAACCCAAAAGCUUUCGCAGUUCAGCACACUACAAAAGCUGCUCGCUUGGUUCAACGGACACUAGAUUAUCAAACCAGAAAAUAUCAUCUUCCUCAGGCGGAACAUGUUGCCGAUGCUCCCCCACCAAUGGUUGUCGCACUAGUGGGUCCUCCUCAAAGUGGAAAAACGACUCUGCUGAAAAGUUUGAUAAAGCACUUUGCCAGACAAUCUAUAAAUGUUGUGAACGGACCUUUAACUGUGGUAGUUGGAAAGAAGAUGCGUUUGACUUUUAUCGAAUGUGGUUGUGAUAUCAAUAGCAUGCUGGAUGCUGCCAAAAUAGCAGACAUUGUACUUCUAAUGGUCAAUGUGCGAAUAGGCUUGGAGCUGUAUCACUUUGAGUUCAUCAACAUGAUUCAAGUUCAUGGAAUGCCUCGUAUUAUCCCUGUGCUAAACCACUUGGACACAUUCAAAGAUUCCAGUUCGUCACGAGCAAUGCGAAAGAAAAUCAAGCAACGCUUAUGGGUUGAUUUGAACUCAAAAAUUUUUCUCCUAACGCGAUUUGUACCUAAGAAACAUGUCAAGCACGACGAGAAACCGUCCGGUGAAUAUAGCAAACCUGGAGAAUACCUCCUUGCUGAAGUAAGACGACUAGCCCGUAUGCUGGUCGUAAAAAUACCACAUUCGACCGAUUGGCGUACGUCACAUCCAUAUCUCCUAAUCGAUCGACUGGAGGACAUAACUGAUCCCAGUGCCCUGUCCGAGUCACCCACAACUGAUCGCACUGUUAGCAUGUACGGUUGGGUUCGUGGCGCCCCAUUACCACCUGCAUUAACUUCUCCCGGAAUACACAUUGCUGGUGUUGGUGAUUUCACGGUGGCAGAUUGCAUGCGCCAACCUGAUCCAUGUCCCCUCCCGUCUCAAAUCGCACAAAAUACGGCUCAGGGUAAACCAUCUCGUCAUUUGGCAGAACGCGAUAGAAAGGCAAGUUUUUUGCCAACAAACUUGCUUCAUGUGCACCAUUUUGACAUAGUUGCAUUAACACAGAUAUAUGCACCCAUGUCAAGUUUGGGUGGUGUGCUCUUCGAUCGUGAUGCUACCUACAUCGAUCUGGGUGGUAGUCACUAUUUGACGAGUGAUAAGUCUCGAAGUAAAUCGGCCAGUCAAUUCCGACCAGUAUCUAGUGCCGCACUUGAUGAGAUGCACACAGCUUUGAAUGACGUGGGUGCUUUGGAUGAACAGUUAGCCACGGCCCAUCGGGUUCGCAUCCUGGGUGACACACCAUAUUUGCUGCCGGAAAAUCUGGAUUCUGACGAGGACGAGAAUGCGACGGGAGGGGUUGACAAUGUACAUGAAAAUCAAGAGAAAAGCGGAAGUUCACCAUCCGAAGAAAGUUCGUCAGACGUGGACAUGGAUACGGAAGAUGCUCCUUCUGACGGGGUGAAUUUGUUCUCGGAUCAACUGAUUGCCGGUUUUUUAGUGCCCGCUGGUGUCAAAAUAGAAGAAAAACGUCCCGAAGGCGCAAAGACUAAGUCAACUAAGCGAAGCGAACAUCUGGAAGUGAAGAAAAUUUUGGAUGGUAUGAACUUUUAG